CCUCAAGUUCCUGAUAUCCCAGCCGGUGAGCGACGCCGGCUCUUCCCGGUCCGCCUGCUGCUGUCGUCGGCUCUGCUCCGUCGCUCUCCGCCCUGCUGCUCGGGGGCCACCGCUCGUGCGCGCAGGUCCCCGCACGCGACGAACUCAUGGCCGAGCGCGGGGAACUCGAUCUGACCGGCGCCAAGCAGAACACCGGCGUGUGGCUGGUGAAGGUUCCUAAAUAUUUGUCCCAGCAAUGGGCCAAAGCCCCUGGAAGAGGUGAAGUUGGGAAACUGAGGAUCGCCAAGAAUCAAGGAAGGACUGAGGUAUCAUUUACUUUGAAUGAGGAUCUUGCAAAUAUUCACGAUAUUGGUGGAAAACCAGCUUCAGUCAGUGCUCCUAGAGAGCACCCAUUUGUCUUGCAAAGUGUUGGAGGACAGAUGUUAACAGUGUUUACUGAGAGCUCCUCAGAUAAGCUGUCAUUGGAAGGAAUAGUGGUACAGAGAGCGGAAUGCCGACCUGCUGCCAGUGAAAACUACAUGAGAUUAAAGAGAUUGCAAAUAGAAGAGUCCUCCAAACCUGUAAGACUAUCCCAACAGCUGGACAAAGUCGUAACUACCAAUUACAAGCCUGUCGCUAACCAUCAGUACAAUAUUGAAUAUGAAAGGAAGAAAAAAGAAGAUGGAAAGCGGGCCCGGGCAGACAAACAACACGUCCUAGACAUGCUGUUUUCAGCCUUUGAGAAACAUCAGUACUAUAAUCUUAAGGAUUUAGUGGACAUCACAAAGCAGCCUGUGGGAUACCUGAAAGAAAUAUUAAAAGAAAUCGGCAUUCAGAAUGUAAAAGGGAUUCACAAGAAUACAUGGGAGCUGAAGCCAGAAUACAGGCAUUACCAAGCAGAAGAGAAGAGUGACUAAAGAGCUGGCACAGUUAAGGGUUGCCAUAGGCCAGCGGCUCACACCACGUGCUGACCGCCUGCAGCGACAACUGGGAGACAACAGUCCUGCAGCUCCUCAAUAAACUGUUAAAGCUGGAAGUCCAUAGUGGUUAUUAAGUGCUUUUUGAAGAGAAAGAUGUUAUUGACAGACUAAACUUGUGUUAACUAUAGUAUUCAGCUGGGCAUGCUAGCGCAUGCAUGUGUCCAACACCCAGGAGGCUGAGACAGGAAGAUGAUGCUGGAAUACACAGCAAGACCUUCUCCCACAAAAGAAAAAUGUUUUCAUGGUAUGGAUAGGGGUUUGGGAAUUAAAACUGCUUUUGUUUUUAGGGUUAACUUUUCAAGAAUAAGUAGGAUAUUUCCUCAAUGAAAAUUGUAUCUCUGCAGAACUUACCUAACUUAAGAUCCAAAAGGAAGGAGAAAAGAUGGGUUGGGAUGGGGGGACAAUCAACUACAGAAACUGUUCAAGGACCACAGAAUCCAAGUUCCUUUUUCUGAAACUGAAGAAUUUGUCUCCUCAGAAGUAAUGUUCACCUUCAAGCAUACAUUAAUAAAGGGACCUGUUCACUUUGUACUGAA